CCGUUGGUACCCUUCACUUCUUCUUUUCCCCAUGCAACAUGCCCCUACACCGCCUGAUCCUUCUCUCUCCACCGUCGCAACCACCGCUACCUCCGCCCUCUCUCCACCUCCACCUCCGCCCUACAUCCAAACUUGAAACCAAAUUUCUUCGCUUCAAUUCACCCUCGAGACUUCCCUUCAUACCCCCACUCAAACUCAUAAAUUCCACCAAACUCCCCUUAAACCCCCAAACCCAACAGAACCCACUUUCCAAAACACUUGAAACGCUCACCAAACUCAAACCCUUCCUUCAAACCAAUCACCAACCCAUCCUCCUUGGCUGGCUCUGCAGCUCCAUCUCUGUUUUCUCCCUUUUAAAAGUGAUCCCCAGAAUUGGCUCCUUCUCUUCAAACUUAACCAACAACAUUUCCAUUUCCAAAUUGGGUGACCAGGGCCUUGUUCUUGGGGUUUUGUUGUUGGCGAAGUUGGUCGCUUGUUACUGGAAACAAGUUUUUUUAUGGGAAGCGGCGUUAAGGGUAGUGUAUCAGAUGAGAGUUUUUGUUUUCGAAAAGGUUUUGGAGAGAGAAUUGGGUUUUUUUGAAGGGGGCAAUGCGGUUUCUCCUGGGGAUAUUGCUUAUCGGAUUACUGCUGAGGCUUCUGAUGUUGCUGAUAUUGUUUUUGCUCUCCUCAAUACUAUUGUGCCCAACAUUCUGCAAUUAUUUGCAAUGGCGACUCAGAUGCUGGUUAUCAGUCCUUCCCUCUCCUUGAUAUCAGCAAUGGUGAUUCCAUGUAUGGCCUUCGUUAUAGCUUAUCUUGGUGAAAGACUUCUUAAGAUAUCUACAAGAGCACAUCUGAGUAUUGCCACUCUUGCAGCUUAUCUGAAUGAGGUCCUCCCAGCCAUUCUUUUUGUGAAAGCAAACAAUGCAGAGUUGUCUGAGCAUGCCAGAUUUCAAAGGCUUGCUUAUGCAGAUUUAUCUCAACGUUUGGAAAAGAAGAAAAUGAAGACAUUAAUCCCCCAGAUCAUACAAAUAAUUUAUUUUGGAGCUUUAUUUAUACUUUGCAUUGGAUCCCUGGUGGUUUCACGUGGUUCUUUUGAUGCCUGUAGCAUGGUUUCUUUUGUAACAUCACUGAUAUUGUUGGUUGAGCCUAUACAGGGUAUCGGGAAAGCAUACAAUGAGUUGAAGCAAGGAGAACCAGCUGUCGAACGCUUAUUUUUUUUGACCAAGUUGGAGUUUAAGGUCAUUGAGAAACCAGAUGCCAUUGAUUUAAGCCAUGUCAAUGGGGAGGUGAAGUUCUGUGAUGUCUCAUUUAAAUAUGCAGACAACAUGCCUCAUGUUUUGGAUGGGUUGAACCUCCAUAUAAAGGCUGGGGAGACAAUAGCUCUUGUUGGACCAUCUGGAGGAGGAAAGACAACCCUUGUAAAAUUGCUUCUUCGCCUAUAUAAACCUUCAUCCGGUUCUAUACUUGUUGAUAACCGCAACAUUCAGAACAUCCGAUUAGAAAGUUUGAGAAGACAUGUUGGUCUUGUUUCCCAGGAUAUAAUGCUUUUUUCUGGGACAGUUGCUGAAAACAUUGGGUACAGGGAUCUAAUGACAAACAUUGACAUGGAGAGGGUUGAGCUGGCAGCCCGUAUUGCAAAUGCAGAUGAAUUUGUCAGAACACUUCCAGAAGGAUACAGAAGCCAUAUUGGACCAAGGGGCUCGCUUUUAAGUGCAGGUCAGAAGCAAAGACUAGCUAUUGCAAGGGCAGUCUAUCAGAAUUCAUCUAUUCUGGUUUUGGAUGAAGCAACUUCUGCGCUUGACAGUAGGUCUGAGUUAUUGGUGAGGCAAGCUGUUGAGCGCUUGAUGGAAAAUCACACAGUGCUGGUCAUAGCCCAUCGUUUGGAAACAGUUUUAAUGGCGGAUCGGGCAUUCCUUUUACAAGAUGGGAAGCUGGAGGAGUUAACUGAGUCACCUCUUUUGGCUGGUCACUGUGACUCAUUGAUGUCUACUGGUGUUGUGAUUUGAGAUCAUUCAAAAACUUGGGGGGAGGAGGAGUUGAAUUGAAGCACUAAACUGUGGCGGUUAUAUGAUCCAACUUGCAGAAAAUUAGGUUAUCUUGAUUGAGUUUCAAUAUGUGUGCUGAUAAUGCUUCAAUCCUCAAGGCAUUGUCAAGCAGUUGGUAUGAGAUGUGCAAGGAACUAGAGUCGUCAUUUGUACUACGCGUAGCUCGCAUGUGUAACAGCAUAGUAAAUGAUGGUGUUAUCCUCAAUUUGUUUGUACAUUUAAGUUGAUUGUUCUUUUUCAAUAAAAUUUUUUAUGUUCA